UUCUGAUCCGGAAAAAUGAAGCAAGUACAUGAAAAAACUAAAAAGCUGUUGUUUGCCGGUGCCGUUGCUGCAGCUGCAGCAUCUCCGAGCUCUGACGGCACUCCGGCUAACGGUGCCACCACCAAUGCUGGAAACGGUACAAACGCUCCAUCGACGGGGCAACAUAUGCUAUAUGGACUCACAGGCAACGGCAGCAUUUCAAUUCGAAACAUGGCGAGCAAGCGCUCACGCUGCUGCCAGCGUCAGACCCUAAUACACGACCGUUGUGGCAACUGCACUAAUUACUUGUGCGAGGAGUGCGGCUACUCCUGCCGCGAGUGUUCCAAGUUCAUUUGCCGCGCAUGCGUUACUGUAUUUGGUAAUCAUUUUGAUGAGGCCGAUGAUCCGUUGUGCGAGCGAUGCCAAAUGUAUUAUGCUUAGGCAAUACGUAAAUCGGGCUGGUGCCUUCUCCGCCACAUACAACACACUACACAACACAUACACUGAUUCUGGUUUAAGCUCCGGGGGAAAUUUGCAGAGCAACAAGUUGGAAACAAAUAAAUACAUACAUAUAAUCAAAACCUGGUCAUUGAAUCCCCCGCAAAGCCACUGGACACUUACAAAGAACGCUAAAACAUUUCCAAAGAAUAAGUGGCACUUUCUCAAGAUCCUUGACCAGGCUUUUUUUUAAAAUUUUCUAAGACACGUGGUUCCGUUUUUUUUUUGUUGGCUUCCAAUAUGGCGGUACUCGGUACAACAUGUAAGCAACACGUAGCUGCGUCUUAACCUCAAAGUUUACAGAAAUUUUAAUGGAAGCCAUUUGCAGGCUGAGAAAAUGGAGUCCCUGCUGUAUAAUAUUUCCGCACGCAAAAUGUUUGAAAAAUUGAGGUUAACUAAAAAUUAUGAUUAAAUGGCGAAAAGGCCACGUGGCUGACGAUGGUAGCAAAAUGGAGUCCAUGGAACGUUUGCGCUUGCUCCGUGGCAUUGCUUUGAUUGCGUUACAACGAAAUGCAUAUCAAGCGUACAUACAUAUGUACAUAAAUCGACUCGUAGAUAUUUUAAUAUAUUUUUGUAUCUUCUUAUUGGGAGACCUUUUCUUGCAUUGGCAAUGAACAACAAGUGCAUUUGCACCUUCGCUAUGCACUUAGGCAGAAUCCUAAUCCUGAGCAGGAAUUAGGGAUAGAUGCCAGCUUUGUCUAUGUCUGAUUAUUGGUUUAUUCUCUAUCAAUUUAUAUUCAUAAAUGUAUUUUGUGGAACAACAACAGAAAAGAAAUGAAGAUUUCCUUCCUUA